CUACAACUGUCUCUCCAGACUCUACUUUGAAGCAAGUAGCUACCACUCCUUACAACAAAAAUGAUGAAGGCCACUAUGUUUGUAGCUGCAAUUCUACUCUCUGCAGCUAGCACUGCAGUAUUUGGAUAUCCACCCUACCUGGAUGCUACCAGCCAGCAGUAUGCUGAACAGCAGCAGGUGGAACAGCAGCAGUUCCCAUUAUCUGAACAGCAGCAGUUCCCGCUAUCUGAACAGCAGCAGUACCCGUAUGCUGAACAGCAGCAAUUUGAGGUCCAACAGGAGCAAUCACUUGCACAGCAAAACUUUGACCAGGAGCAGGCACUCAUGCAGCAGAACUAUCUUAAACUGUUUGAAGGAGGUGCUGUAGCUCAGCAGGGCAAUUGCCCCAACAUUAAUAUUCCAACUUUGGCGGGUGACCUCAGCAUCCGUGUAUGUCCAGCCGGUAGUGAUGGAUGUGGGCUUGUCAGUGUUGUUCUGGGCAGGCUUGUCAAUACCCAUGUUGAAACCUGCAAGAAAGGGUGUGUUGACAUGCGCCGUACUGGGACCCUCUGCCCAAGAGGUAGUUCCACCUUUAUUAGCAUUCCAGUCCCUGCAAAUAACGUCAGGGUGUAUGUGGACAUCCACCUCUUUCCAUUGGCAGUGUGUGUGAGGGUAACAGCUCCGCCAUGCUAAAGGUAUUAACUAAUAUAAACACAAUCACGUGAUGAUUACAAUUUUGUUAUAUACUUACAGUGAUUUAUGAUCCACAUCAGGGAAUGGACAACUACAGAAUAGCUGUAUAGGUUUUAGCAACUGCCAUAGAAAUGAUGUUGCAGAUUGUUUAGUUGACAGAUUUCAUUAGACAUGUGUAUACAAAUAUGUGUAUUUUGAUUUCGUCAUUGAACAUUGAAACA